ACUCACAAUGAGGGAACUGACGUGCCACCUCCUCCUCCACCUAAGAAGCCGAGCAUGUGUGCAGUGAAAUCUAAACAUCAUCUCAUACCCAGAGCUACUAUCGAUAUUUUCCUUCACGGUUGGAAGGUCAAAUUGGACGAUGGACAAUAUGCAAAAACCUGGAUCACAGACCAAAGUUCUUUCGAUAAAAUCACCCCUGCAUACGUUCCUGAGCGGUUCGACAUUCUCGGAGAGAAAUUAGACAAAGCUUUCCUUGAUAUCACAGGAACAUUAAAUCCGGCACAGCUAACAUCCUAUUUCAAUGAUAUAACAAUAGGUCGAGAUGCCUGGGAUUAUAACAGCACUGUUGUUGAAGAUUACAACUUUCCCUCGGAAUCAAGUUUAGAGUUGCCACCUCUCUUUUAUCCGGACGAGGCCGGUAUCCCUCCUCCUCCUCCUCCACCGCCUCCCCUCUCAGUCGCCAUCACUAAGAUGGAGUCUAUCGGGGAUCAGCUAGAGAAUUCUCAGUAUUCCCCAACACACACUGUCCAGUACGAUCAGGAAGAUACGGAUAUUGACAAUGCGGAUACGAGAUAUUCUCCCUCACGUCCUACUCGCGAUAAGGCAUAUUCCCCAACAUGCCAUACUCCAUAUUAUCAAGAUUCUGGUCUCAGAGUUUCGCACAACAACAGCCCCUCCUCGUCGGACUACUUGAGUGCAGAUGAUGAUUUCCCCCCUCCAGCCCCCUCACCACCCUCCAUCCCCAACACACCGUCUGAUGAUGAUGAGGACACUGAUCGCUCUCCGCCACUAGAUACCACACUCAGACCAACUCUGCGUGAACCAUCAGAUAGCUUGCUCAGUACAAGUUCCAGAUUUCAGAGAACUCCGGAUAAGAGGCAGUCUAGCAGAACACCAACUGGUCUACAAUGUACCCCCUCUAAAAGAAGUAGUUGCAGAGUGGAUGUGGGAGACGAUUAUUUGCCUCUGCCCAUGGACUUAGAAGAUGAUCUGCCUUCAAAGACGUGUCCUGAAAUAGAUGGCGAAGAGUUUGACGAACUUCAGGCGGAAGUAGAGGUUGGAGAUGGAGAUGUUCUGGAGCAGGUAGUGGAAAAGGAGGGACGAGAAGCAGAAUUAGAGUUGGGACAUGAUGACAUGAUCGGGAAUUAUGUUGAAGAUAUUGAUUCUCCGGAUGAGCUGGAAGAAGAAGACCCACUUGACGCAGACCGAGACCCCUCGCUCCCUCCCUCCCAAUUAUCCCUCUUCCAUGAGAUCAUCACGGACUCUGGCGACGUUAAAAGAGUUCUUUAUUUCCGGAAAUCAAAGUUUCGUAUGUCCGGAACAGCAUUGCAUCAUCUCAGUAAAAUGAGCAGUAAGAUGGACUAUAAAGAUGCCUGUAAAAAUACUGGGCUUCCGGAGGUGUUCAAUAAGACUGCCCGACCCUUCUAUCAAGGCAGAACACUGUCUAACAGAAUUGAGAAACCUAAAAAUAAGUUGCCACUGAUGAGUGCUCCCAGAGGACAGUUCACUGUGCCUCUUGUCAACCUGACAAGGAGUUUUAAGGUCCAACAAGAUCCCUCAAUUGCCCCCAAUAUGAGACGCUUUGGAGUUCCCCUCCGACAGAUACGUGGACCUUUGUUAGGCUUACAACACCAGAGAUCAGACAAUGUAUCCCGCAUUACAACCAACUUGCGCUCACACAAAACCAAUUUCACGCGCUCCGAGCAGCUGAUAUCAGAGUAUUGUGCUUGUUGGGUGCAGCGCCCUUUCCAUGACACGCGCUGCGCUACCAUGCAUGAUAAUUUCGUGGAAACUAUUUUAAAGAGACACGGCGUCCAAUAUGGUGUGGUGAAGGAGUGUAUUAAGGAGUAUUCCGCAAGGAUCGGGGAGAGUGUUAACGAUCCUGUUAGGAGUUUUAAUAUGUUUAAAUCUAUCAUUAAAAGUAAAACGUAACUUUUUAUUUUUAUUGUGUUAUAUUUUAUCAUAUUGUUUAUUUCAAAACAUUAAACGUACAGAUGCACAUUGUUUAUUAAUCACCGCUCAGAUCUAAGUUAUGAAAGGUUAUGAUAUUCCCUAAUUUUAUCAUAACAUGUUUGGUGCAUGAAUUCUUAUUUAAAUUUCAUAACUUUUGUUUCGGAUUUGCCAAGUGGGAUCAGGAAAGACCCCACUUUUAUGUUGAUUGUUGUGUUGGCUUAUGUUGAUUGUUGUAUAUUGUUCUUAUAUCGACGCUGAACUCGGAUCUGUUAUAAGAUCUCCUUUUCU